GUAAAGUGCCUUGGUCGCAUGCCGCGGCUCUGGCUGCAGACGGUUUUCCGGACGUUCGUGCCUUCCAGGUUGUUGAUCAGGGUCAAAAAUGCUCCAUAUUCAGGCUACCUCCACAUGGAGUCCUCUUAUGGCCUCAUUGGGAGGGUUAUUACUACACAAAUGCAAACAAUAAGAUUUGACAAAGUUGUGAGAAAGGGCCUUAAUAUGACUCAGUCCGACUUUGAAAAGGCUUUUUAUGAUCGAAGGUUUCGUCUCAAUAAAGAACAGCCCUUCAAAAAGAGUUGCAAUGUCAAUGAAGGUGAUAUGUUGGAUCUGAUUGUUCGGGAGGAAGACGGGAAAAUUUACGGAAAACGAGUUGUCCUGGAAAAAAUAGCUAAGAACGGUGCCAGCUUCUGUGUUGUUUUGCGUUGUGUCCGUCAGAUUCAUCAACUCUAUGCUGAUUGCUACCACUCUUAAUGUGUCCGUCACUCUACGAAUUGUAGUCAAGAUCAGUCAUCCUUUUUUGAGCGUGCUGAUGCUCUGUGUGAUAUUCCUUACGAGUGCAUUGGUUUGAUUUCAAACGCCGCCAAAUUGUUGAACACCUUUUCCGAACUGGAAUUCUCUAGCGAACCCUGGGCAAGUCACUUUCUUGCAGCAAUCCUUGUUAACAUAACUUUCGUAUCGCAGUUUCCUUCGACGUAUGGGAAUAUUUUCAGUAUUCUUGAGUUUGCUGCAGGGAUUAAGUCCAAUAAUCGUUUUCAGUCUGCCAAGACUUGUUAG